AUGUCUUCCGCUGCCCUUGGCUCGGCCGCCGCCGCCUCGUCGGUACUUGCUAGCGCCGGCGCCGCGCUGUCGCCUUUCCCUCGCCGCUCUGCCUCGCCGUUCCUGGCGUCCCAGCCUCUUGCCUGGGCGCGCUCUCGGCUGCCGUCGUCCACGAUGGCCGCAGCCCAUGCUGCGCCCUCGAUCCCUGCUGGCUCCGUUCCGCCCGACCCCGUCGUGCCGAUCGGAUCUUCCGCUCCCGCCGUGCCGCCGUCGCCUGGUGGUCUUCCGCCUCCGUCGCAGCCGUAUGGCGCCCGUCUGCCCUCGUACUAUGGGCAGUACGGUGCCCAUGGAGGGUGGCCAUCUGCCCCGCCAUCACUUGCCUAUGCUGCUCCAGGAGGUUACGGCGCCCCUGCACCAGGAAGCUGGCCGCCCGCCCCAUCUACCUACGGCGCCCCUGUACCGCCCGCAUCGGCUCCCCAUGGCACUCCUGCCUACGGUGGCUAUCCGCCGCCGUCCUAUGCUGCACCUGGGAGGUGGUCGACCGCCCCUCCACCUACUGCUGCUGCUCCCUCGACGGAUCUGAGCGUCUACGCGCCGCCCCGCUUCCCGCCGGCACCACCUCCACCGCCGCCUCCGGAGCACCCUGGGAGUGCCUCUGGACCCUUCUACUUCGCCCAUCUCAUACCGGUGAAGCUCAAGGUGGAUAACUACCUCGCUUGGCGCGCUCAGGUGCUGCCCCUUCUUUGCAGCCGUUACUUGGAGGGCUACGUUGAUGGCACCUACCCGUGCCCCUCGCCGUAUGAUCCGGCGUACCAUGCUUGGGUGGCCCAGGAUCAGGCCAUCCUCUCUGCCAUCCAGUCGUCGCUCACGGAGAGUGUGUCGUCGCUGGUUAUCUUUGCCGCCACGUCUCGGGAAGCGUGGGGCGCUCUGCAUGCAAGCUUCGCGUCGCAGUCUCACGCGCGGGCUCACGCCAUCCGCACUCAGCUUGGCGAGGUUAAGCUGCUCGACCGCUCCGUUACCGAGUACUUCAACAAGGUCACGGGCCUCGCUGAUACCCUUGCCGCCAUCGGCCAGCCGCUCCAACCCGAGGACUUCACCUCGUACGUCUUGAACGGGCUGGACGAAGACUACGACAACCUCUGCGAGAACAUCGAUGCUCGCGAGACUCCUAUUCCGCCGCGCGAACUCUAUGCGCGCCUCCUUGCGACGGAGCAACGUGUCAAGAAGAAUCAUGCUGCUCCCUCGACGGCAAACGCUGCAUACCGUGGUGGUGGCAAGAACCCCAAGACACCUGCGGGUGGGGGCAAGCCGCCGGCCUCUCCGUCGCCGACUCCGCAGCCGUCGCCCGCAGCGCCCCCCCCCCCCCGGCGUCACCACUGGGGGCCGCCCGCGUGCUUGUUGCCCCUGCUGUGGAGCUCAGCAGGCCUGUCAGCUGUGCGGUCUGGAUGGGCACAUCGCCUCGCGCUGUCAUCGUCGCUUCAAGCAGGAAUUUCUGGGUAUUGGCAACAAUGGCAAGGGGAACGAGAAACAGGUGGCCCUUGCAAGUCAUGA